CGUGCGUAUUUUCAUUUCAAAUGGGCCGCCCUGUAUAUAGAAUAAUAAACAUCAUUUUCUGAGAAUCAUGGUUAAUAGAUGCAAAAAACUAUUUACGCCACAAUUUCCGUUGAUUCCAAGAAACAACGUUGCCAAUCGCAACUGCAUGAUGCCAAUGGUGGGCAGAUCAGGUUCACGCCACCCGAACUGCACCACUGCGCUGUGGUGAUGCUUAUUUUUUCGUUCAUUUCGUCCACGACGUCGGUUGGGAAAUGUCUUCCGUGAUCGACAUCUUCGGCCUGGGCCACAGCUGUCCCGAUCCGCAGAACUACGUGAUUUAUCAGCAUCACGGACAGUUGAUCGUCAAAAAGAGGGACCAUCCGCAUCCUGGCAAGAACACCGAAAUUUACAUCAAAGGCUUGCCGAAAAGCUGCACCAUCCAAGAUCUGUUCUACUUUGUGGAGUCGUGCGGCACCGUUUAUCAGGUUCGACUACUAACAGAGUACAGCGGAUACAACCGUGGUUACGCCUACGUAUCGUACGUCGAUCCUGCCGAAGCCAAAAGGGCCAUCUGCCUAUUGAACGGACAACGAUUCUUGACGAACGUCGUCACCGUAAAAAUUUCGACCGACAACGACAAACUGACCAUCAGCAACUUGCCGGGUUUAUAUGCCCUCGAUGAAAUCGAAGCGGAAGUCAAGAAGCAGUUCAGCUUCAAGCACAUCGUCACACAGCCUAUGAACCUGCUUCAGAAUGUUAUCAUCCAAUUCGACAGUCACAGACAUGCGUCUGACGUCCGGAAAAUGCAUUUCCCCCAUAUAAAUCUGUUCGGGACGAACUUUUUUAUAGAUUGGGCCAUUCCCGUUGGCCACGAUGAGGUCAAACAUCUACUUUUGAUAUUUCCGGAUAGAGUUAAUGUGGAUAACGUAAUUGGUUUGCUUAAAUGUUUUGCGCAGGCAACCAAAGUGAAGAAGUUGGCUAUUGGAGGUAAUGAAGCUCUAGUCGAAUUUUUGGGCAGACAAGACGCUGAAGAACUCUUCAUUCAUUUACAAGACAAGGAGAAGAAAUUACAUGUGGGAGUCAUGUGGCCAACCGAAACUAUGAUUAAAGAACUAAAGCCUCAACAAACACUUAUUUUCGAUAGUCCACUAACAGGGAAUAAUUUAAAUCAGUCUCCAUCAAUAAAUAACGCCGUGACAGUAUUCAACUCCCCAACAAUGGUCAAUUCCCCACCAGAAAACAAUCAAAUAAUGGUAUACGACUUGAUGUGUUGUUUCCCGUUCCAAGUUUCUCAUAAUGGAAUCUAUAAUUUUGUGCAACGUAGGAUGGAUAUGAAUAGAGUAAUACACGUUUUAGUUUACGAAUUGUUCGUCACAAUUUGUUUGUACACCGAGGAAGAAGCUCUAUAUAUAUUAAAGGAAUUAGCUGAAAGAGCCCCAAUAUCCUAUUGGGUCAUAAAACAUAGAACCCAUUCUCCAAAUCGACCUGCUCAAAUCGGCCAGAAUAAAGAAGUCCUGGGCCACAACUUCCUGCCUCCGUUGAGUCCUACACUUUCAUCAGGUUCGAGCGAAUAUUCUACGCCAGCUUCGUUGAGUCCCAGUUUGCCGGUGCAGAACUCCGUGCAGGUUUUGAACACCCAUCAACAAGGUACAAAUGUGCAACCUGCUCAUGACGAAACAAGUUAUACACAGGACAUCACCGAGACGCCACAAUUUAUAUACGAUCAGAUGCUUAAAGCUGUAUUUCAUGGGCAUGAACCUUCCACGUCUAACAGCGAUGGUUUGUCUCAUAAGCAACUUUUCGAGCGUUAUCUAGAUCGACAAGACAAUCGUAAGAAUCCAAAUGGGACUGGCACACAAGAAUCUCAUCAGGCUUAUCCUGAAUAUGAUAUGUGGAAUGGAAAAGGCUUUGAACUGUCGAAAGUUGCCUAUGAAAUUAAGAAAACUAGAACCACUACUACUAAACAUGGAGGGUACGGUCUACGAGGUUUAUUGGAUAUUCUGUAGAUGCGUUGUGGUUCAUAUAUUCAUCUUUAGUGUCGAUUGCUUCAAUGUCAUGUAUUUUUGUCUUUAUAAUGUUUGGGCCGUAUUUUUAUUUUAUUUUUUUAAUUAAAUUUUUAAUGGAUGUAUAAUUGUGAA